CCGGGACUUGUAGUCCCAGGCUUCUCCCGGCGCCUUUCUUCCCCGCUGCUCGUCUCCGCUGUGCCCUUGGCGUCGCCAUGCUCCCUCUCGGCCGCUUCCUCGCCCGCCGCGCCUGGGCCCUGGGCUCCCGGGCCCACGCCAGGCACUAUGCCGAGGCUGCCCCUGCCGGGCAGGCCCAGAUGGCCUUCACCUUCGCUUCGCCCUCCCAGGUUUACUACAAUGCGGCCAACGUGAAGCAAGUCGACGUCCCCACGCUGAGCGGAACCUUCGGCAUUUUGGCCGCCCACGUCCCCACCUUGCAAGUCCUGAAGCCUGGAGUUGUGACGGUCUUUGCCGAGGACGGCUCUUCCACAAAAUACUUCAUUAGUAGCGGUUCUAUCACGGUGAACGCAGACUCUUCGGUCCAGCUGCUAGCUGAGGAAGUGGCGAUGUUGGAUCAGCUCGACGCUGCGACAGCCAAGUCGAACCUGGAGAAGGCCCUGUCACAGCUGGCGUCCGCCUCCGACGAAGCGGCAAAGGCAGAAGCGCAGAUCAGCGUGGAAGCCAACGAGGCAAUCGUGAAAGCUUUGGAGUGAGAACGGAAUACCCCGCUGCUUUCUGGAAACGGCCCUGUCUCUCUUUUCCCUCUGAACCUCCUUCUCUUUGUCCGUGCAGGUGGUUUGGGUAAACCCCGUCAAUUUAGCUUUUGACCAAUUAAAAAAGGGUGGAAAAAUCUGCGAAAGGCCCCUC